AUGGCCGAUUUUGGUUAUUCAUGUGUCGAAAAGGUGUUGUCGUCGUUUCCAUUUCGAAAUGAAGCUUUUAUUACGCGUGCUUUUGUUAUCCCGGACGUUGAGCGUCGCCGUGUUGCCGCAGAGCCUUCUCGAUCAGCGUCUAUUGAUCUUAUGAGUCUGGAUAUCGGUGUUGAAUCUUCUGGGAACAAAUUGGGAGAUGAUGAGUUUGUGGAAGAUAGCAAGGAAGGAGUUCUUCCUUUGGUGAACAAUCGUAAGGCAGCCUGGAAAAAUGCGAGUGAGCAAAACGUUGAUGUUCUGGCACUCGUGCGACGUUUAUGUCCAUGA